UAAUGUUCCGUGAUCACAGGCUCCCAAGGCUGCUAAGGCAGAGCUGGCCCAGGCUGGAGAAUCCACUCAGAGAAGGAGAGUCUUGGCUCAGCUGUGUCCAGGCUCCUGCGGUAGGGAAGUGGGAAAUCAGAAAAGGGAACAGUCAGGAGACAGAAGGGCGGGGGAGAGGAGGCUGUGCUAAUGAAUUCCACCACUGGGUAUUGAACGCCUCUCCGAUGCCAGCCCUGUGCUGGUGAGUCCUGGGAACACAGCUGCAGAUCCUCGGCACCCUCAGUUUAGCAGGGGAAGCAGGUGAUCUUCAAAAGGCAGUCUUGCUUCCAGGUGAUGGACACUGUGGCUGAGGAGUGACCUUCUGACAUCGGGACUGGACAUUUCCUCCCAACAUGGCUGCCACUGCCUCUCCGCAGCGACUCACCACCAAGGAUGCCGGCUCUGAGAACAGCAGCUUCUAUUACUAUGACUACCUGGAUGAGGUGGCCUUCAUGCUCUGCAGGAAGGAUGCGGUGGUGUCCUUUGGCAAAAUCUUCCUGCCAGUCUUCUAUAGCCUGAUUUUUGUGUUGGGCCUGAGCGGGAACCUCCUUCUUCUCAUGCUUUUGCUCCGAUAUGUGCCUCGCAGGCGGAUGGCUGAGAUCUACCUGCUGAAUCUGGCCAUCUCAAAUCUCCUGUUUGUGGUGACACUGCCCUUCUGGGGCAUCUCCGUGGCCUGGCAUUGGGUCUUUGGGAGUUUCUUGUGCAAGAUGGUGAGCACUCUUUAUGCUAUUAACUUGUACAGUGGCAUCUUUUUCAUUGGCUGCAUGAGCCUGGACAAGUACCUGGAGAUCGUCCAUGCUCAGCCCUUCCACAGGCUGAGGACCCGGGCCAAGAGCCUACUUCUUGUUACCAUAGUAUGGGCUGUGUCCCUGGCCAUCUCUAUCCCUGAUAUGGUCUUUGUACAGACACAUGAAAAUCCCAAGGGUGUGUGGAACUGCCACGCAGAUUUCAGCGGGCAUGGGACCAUUUGGAAGCUCUUCCUCCGCCUCCAGCAGAACCUCCUAGGGUUUCUCCUUCCACUCCUUGCCAUGAUCUUCUUCUACUCCCGUAUUGGUUGUGUCUUGGUCACGCUGAGUCCCCCAGGCCAGGGCCGGGCUCUAAAAAUAGCUGUAGCCCUGGUGGUGGCCUUCUUUGUGCUAUGGUUCCCAUACAAUGUCACCUUAUUUCUGCAUACACUAUUGGACCUGCAAGUAUUCGGGGACUGCAAGGUCAGCCAGCACCUAGACUAUGCACUCCAGGUGACAGAGAGCAUCGCCUUCCUUCAUUGCUGCUUUUCCCCCAUCCUGUACGCCUUCUCCAGUCGCCGCUUCCGCCAGUACCUGAAGACUUUCCUGACUGCUGUGCUUGGACGGCACCUGGCACCUGGCACUGUCCAGGCCUCAUUGUCCAGCUGUCCUGAGAGCAGCAGUCUCACUGUCCAAGAAGAAAUGACUGGCAUGAAUGACCUUGGGGAGAGGCAGAUUGAGAACUUCCCUAACAAGGAGGAUGUGGGGAAUAAAGCAGCCUGAGUGUCCAAACCUCGGUCUGGUGGGAGCAGAUGGGAAGCAGCUAAUGUGAGCAUCCACUGAAAGUGCUCUCUCCAGGGGCCUCAGUGACCAUGUUGCUAAACCCAGUGGUCAAUUCUCAGUUCUCAACCACCAGCAGCAUUUGCUCACCCCUGCCUUCUUCCUCCAC